AUAACAAACACUUUAUUUGGCCGACCAACCAAGACCUUGUCCCGGAAGGACGUCAAAAGUCUUGCAGUUGGUACAGCCUUGCAGUUAGUGUAGUCUUGCAGUUGGUACAGCCUUGCAGUUAGUGCAGUCUUGCAGUUGGUACAGCCUUGCACAGUUAUAUGAUAAAAAAGAAAAAUGAACCUUAGUUUGACGGAUAUUGUAGAAGAUAUAUCAUUUAGUCGAAUCACAGAUAUUGAUAUAUGGAACAAGCUUAUACAUUAUUUUAGUGAGCAAUGGGAUGGACAACCAGAAUUUAUAGCCGUUCUGAAUUUGUCAGGAAGACAAUUAGGUGAACAGAUAAAAAAUGUAAAAGACACCUAUAGUUACUUUAAUGCUCUGGAAAAUACUUUCAGUGAUAAUAAUGAUUUACUCGAGUUUUUGAUUAAUUUAACUGGGUAUUUAAAUUAUCACACCGAAUCAGGAUCGGUCAACGUCAAGCAUAGCCUAAAAGAAUUGCGUAAAAACUUGAAACAUUUGCGACAGCAGUGUGUAAGAAGAGGAAUGUUCCAUGAUAGGAAUUUUGUUGGCAGAGAAGUACAGAUCAAAACAAUGGAAGACAAAAUUAAAACAGGAAGUACAAAAGUUAAGUAUUCACAUACUCUUCGUCUACUAUAUAAAAAUUAAGAGAUGUGGCACACACAAUUGCCCAUGAGAGAACUAUCCAUCAAAGCGAAAUUAAAACAGGAAGUAUAAAAGUUAAGUAUUCACAUACUCUUCGUCUACUAUAUAAAAAUUAAGAGAUGUGGCACACACAAUUGCCCAUGAGAGAACUAUCCAUCAAAGUCCACAUGGCGCUAAGGAUGGGAACAGUUACUGGUCACCGUACGGACUUCGGCAAUGAGCAAAACUGAUACCAUGAACUAUAUCAUGUAUAUACAGCAAUGGGAUCACUAAAAUAGUUUGUAAACAAUGAUACAUUGUAUAAUUUUUUUUAAAGUUUCCUUGAAAUCAAGGCAGUGGAUAAGGAGGAGUAAUGGAACCGAUAUCUUUUUAGAAUUGUCUCGGGAAACACCAAAAUCAUUUGAGUGAAAAAGUAACAUAGGAGAUGCAUAAUGUUAUUAGGUAUACUUCAAAUUCUCUUUAGAUAUUAGAGGAUAAAGGAUAUUGUUCGAAAAAGUGUGAACAUUGAUCACUAUUUACCACACUUCAUUAAGGGGGUAAGGGUGUAAUAACGAAAAUAAUCAAUCUUUUAUCCUCAAUUACAGAGGACACAUUAACAGAGUUUAGUCUUGAUAAUAUAUUUUUCAAUAUAUACGUGCAGGUAUUCUACUAUGUGGUCUAGGAGGAAUGGGAAAGACCAGUCUCGCUAACACAGUCUGUUACAGACUCCGUGGUGAAUGUUGGAAAACAAUUAAAAUUGAACUAAGGGAGCAGGUAACGUACAGACAUUUUUUGCGGACUUCCGUUCAAAGUAUUAUGAAAGGAUCAAAUGUACUGGUAUCAGGUAGUCAAUCAUCAGACAAUGACCAGAAUGGAGAGAAAACAGACCAAAUUCUCAUUGAAGAGCUUAAUCUGCGACAGAAACUUUUAGAACAUAUUACAGAAAAGUUACGAAGGAAACUUAUUUUUUUAUUUGAUAAUCUUGAUGAUGAGACUACAGAAGACGCCUGUGCUACCCAUAGUUCCAUUGAACAGUCAAAGAUUAUGGAAUUCUUUAAGUCUUUACUUGAAAUUAUGACGGCCAAUAAAGACUGCCAGACUAGACUUAUCAUAACAUCAAGGAAUAACUUCCUGUUAACUUCUGGUAAGGAAUUAAGAAAUCUUCUGGUAAAAAUUGAAGUAGACAGCUUAGGCAUUGAGGAUGCAAGAAAGCUAACCUUAAAGUGUACGAAACAGUGCACCACGAACGAUCAGCAAAUCGAUGCCAUAGUGACUGUUUGCAGUGCAUGUCCUCUUGCCAUCCGAGUUAUCAGCGACGUCAUAAACGACUCCCCAAAUGGCAUUCAGAUAGUUUCACUUAUUCAGAAAAGUACAGACACGUUUUUGUCGCCAUUGCUGCAGAUUUAUGAAUGCUUAAGUCAACCAUUUGAAAAACUAAAGGAAUACAAGUCUACAUUAUGUCAACUUUCACUUUUUGGUACAACAAAGUUUGACAUGAAUUCAGCAGCUAACAUUAUAUUUGGAAAAUUUCAAACCAACAUGGAGAAGAAAGAAAUCAUUAAAAAGCUCACAGAAUUAAAGCUUACCCUUUUGCUUUUUAAAAGUCGACACCUUAUCGAAAUAGAAAAUGAAGAAUGUUCGUACAGCCCAGGCGGUCAAAAUACGGACAUGGAACUCGAUGACCUAUUUGCAGGACAGAGAAUAUAUUCUCUUCAUCCUCUUGUUUACAAGUUUUUAAAGGAAAAAGAGAACGAUAGAGAAUUAAUUGGUGAUAUUCGAAUUGCUAAACAUAACUAUAUAGUAUUCUUCGAUGAACUAGUUCUAGAUAUUGGUCAAGAAUCUAAUGUUUUAGUUGCCAGAGAAAAGGCUGAAAAAAUAAAAAUUCACAUAUUAAAAUAUAUAGAAUUCAUGAAAGAAUAUAAAAGCUUUUCUGAUAUACCUCAUCUACAAAAAUUAUCUACACCUGAAGAUGCUAAACGACGUAACACAGUAGUUCAAAUGAUAUGUAUACCAGAGUAUCAUUUAUCUUUUAUUGAAUCUAUGCUGUCGAAAGUUGAAAAUAAUGUUAUAGCAAAACUAAGCUGGGAGAUAGAAUAUGUAGCAGCGAUUGUAAGAUAUCAACACUUUUGUGACAAUAUUGACGAUAGAUGCAAGCUGAUUUUACAAGAACUCAAUUCAGUCGCAUCAAAUACAUUAAGUGAAGUGGAAAAUAUUCAGCUAUCAAUUUUAAAAGGACGAACAUGUUUUUUCUUAGGAACCAUAACAACAGAUUCCGAUCCUGGAUAUUCAGAAAAGUGUUUAUUGGAAGGAAAACAUAUUUUUGAAUCACAACAAUUACGUCAAAAGCAAGAAGCUUUAUCCUAUUUAUCUGCAAUUUAUAAUGGCUUGGGUCAUAUAUUUUAUCGAAAAAAAGACAAACAAAACCGGAUAAAAGAUAUCGAAAAAGCAAUAGAGAUGCACACACAAGCUCUUAAUUUUUUAUCAAACAGUCAAAGUGAAAAUAUUGUCAUAUACUAUUCAAAUAUCGCAGCAUGUCAUUUUGAGCUUGCAACCUAUUUCCAUAAAGAAAAACGAACCAAUGAAAGAGAAAAAUCUUUGAAACAUUACAAUACCUCAGUUGAGCUUGCGAAAGUUUAUGGAAUGAUAACUUCAGAUAUUUACCUGCGUAAAUUACUUGAUAGAGGAAAUGUUAAUCUCAUGCUGUGGCAGUUAGAGGCAGCUGCAAAAGAUUUCGAAGAGUGUUCAAAUUUGGUGAAGAAGCUGUAUGAAAAACCAAGUAGGAUCGAAGUACUUAUACGUCAUGCACAUGGACAUUUAAUUAGAAGAAAAAUACAACUUGGGGGUAUAUCCAAAGAUGAACUUGCUGACUUAGUCGUCAAAGGAACAGAGAUAUAUGAGGAAUUGAAGAAUAUUCUUUCGCCUACUCUACUACCCGGUAACAGCGCGAAAUUUAAACAAAUUCAAAGGUACCAUAUGGACUUCCUCAGGGACUUUAAUGAAGAUGAUUUGAAGAUAAAUGCUAAAAGGUUUUAUUCGGCGUAUCAUUCUGUGGAUUCGGAAAAUGACUCAAGUUGUAAACCUCCAAUAUCAGAAUCGUUGUCAAGUAGUAAUGAUGAAAUGGAGGAACCACAACAUUUCAAGCUUCCGUUGUCCACUUCUAAAAAUAUUUCAGGAAGAGACUUAACUCCGGCAACAAGAUGUAGAGGAUCUAGCACAAGUUCUGGUUUUUAUAGUAUGAAUUCCUCUACCACGGACAUAGAGAGUGUAAGUUCAUUAAAAACUAAUUCUACGUCGAGACAGUACAGUUGGUCUGAUGACGACGUUUUCGCAAAAAGACAGUCAUCUUUCGAAAGUGCAGUAGAGAGAAUGGAAGACAUGCCAUGUACAAACAAAAGUAGUACACUUAAAUCACGCCUUCUUAAACCAUGUGCAAAUUUUGAAGUUGAAUCAUUACAUUUAGAAGAAGCAAAAAGCAAGCGGCAGCUCACAGAAGAUGACAAAUCAAAUUCAUCAGAUGUGGAUUUUCCACACAAAUUAAACAUAACGGAAUAUGAUAGUCAAUUUUCAGAUGAAAAUUCUCGGUCAUUUGAGAGAAGUAGGAAAAAAUACAAAAAGGGACAGCUAGAAGAAAUAGUUGAUGAAUUAGAGGAACUUAUACCAUCUGUAAAACCAAGAAUGAGAACGCUUAUUAGAGAUCUUGACACUGGGGAAGCUGAGCUAGUUGAUGACAAGAGCGGCAGACCUUUAGUCAAGUAUAACGAUUAAGCAUCUAGGAAAAGAAAUCAUGCAUCGUUGUAUAUGACUACCAAGGAUAUCUGUUCUUUGAAUGUGACCUUUGAACAUUUAAAAAGGAUUAGCCAUUCAAAAUUCAAAACAGUUUCUUAAAUAUCUUUUCUUCUUGAUCUCUUACGUUUUUAGUGUUUUGAAUUAUUUAUACAUUAAACUUCUCAUUCAAGACAAUAUACUAGUAUCAAACUUUCCAUAUAAUGAAUGACGACUGUAAGUAUUUACGUUUUCGUUAUAUAUUUACUUCUUAGAUAUAAUGUAUAGUCGGUUUUAACUUAUAAUACAUAUUGUAUUGUCACUUGUUUGUUUGGCUAUAAUUUUCAAUAUAUAUUAUAUAAAAAAAACUCACCAAAGAUACCAGGCUGAUAAUUUGGUACACUAAACGCGCGUUACAUCUACAUAAGACUCAUUAGAGGUGCUCGUAUCAACGCAGUUGGAAGGCUAAAUAAUAAACGGACUUGGAGAGAAUUAAAACCGAAAAUUCCUAAUAAUCCUAUUAAUUCCUAAUACGGCUAAGGCAAAAUAGAUAUUAGGGUAGAAAAACCUUAGUGUUUCGAAUUAUUCAUAAUUUUAUGAACAAUAAAUUUACAGAAAAAUGGAGAUAUCAAUGAUAUUUCAUGUCAAUGCAAUAGUGCUGGCUACUAGGCUGGUGAUACCCUCAUGGACGAAUUGUAUAUCAAAAUGGUAUCGAUCCACUGACUAUAAAACUCAUUAAAAGAUACCAGGCUUAUAAUUUGAUACGCCAGACUAGCAUUUCUUCUACAUAAGACUCACCAGAAGCGCUCGAAUCAAAACAGUUUGAAGGCUAUGAAGGAAAUAACGAACACGAAGAGUAUUUAAGUCAAAAAUUCCGACAAAUUGUGCCAAAUAUGAAUUUGGCAAACUAUGGCCGGGGUAGAAAAGUAAUUGAACAAUUUCAAACAGUAAACAUACAGAAAAUAAACAUAUCAAUGUUAUUUCAUUUCAAAGCAAAAGUGAUGUCUACUGGGCUGGUGAUACCCUCCGAGACGAAGCUUAGGCUUCUUAAAAAGCUCUGACGUGUAAAUAUUCUUUUCUAAAAAUGAAAUAUUGGUCAAAUAAAAAUCAGUGUCAAACAAAAUAACUAAAAAACAAAAGAAAAAAUCAACCACUAGGUGGAUUAAGAAUAAUUUGUAUUCUGUUACAACAAACUUUUAAGCUUAAACAUUAAUGGGAAUGUUCUUAAGUUUUGUAUUUGAUUUAGUUUUCAAAUACAUUACCAAUAAUAGUAUUUCCCAAAUUACAGCUGACUUAAGUUUAUAUUCUGUGUUUCUUUGACAAGUUUAACAUAAUUUUAUUCACAAAUGAAUAAUAUUUUAAAAAUUUUAUGAAUCAAUAUUUAUCAAAAAUAUUCUUUUAGAUUUAGAUAUUUGCAUAUUCCUCAGUAAUUCCUUCGGAUUUAAGCGUUCCAUGCAGUAUGUUUUUUUUUGUUUAAUUUUCCCAGCAAUAUUAUUUAUUUUUCUUCGCUUGCCUUUUAAAUAUGGUACUGAAAACUCACGGUUUCAUACGUUAACAUUAAAUUGUAUUUAUGUUAAUUCUAAAAAUAAAAAUCAUUUUGUAGUUCUGUAUACGUGAAACUUCCAGACUUAUGUAUGCAUGGAUAAAAUAAGAAGUAUCUUUACGGAAAUGCCUAAUCUUAUUUUGAAUGAGUUUUACCUUUAUAUUGGAACCAUACUUUAACACAUUGACUUUUUGUUAUCAUGACACACGUGAUAUAUUGGUUACAUACAGUACAUUGUCAGUAAUUUAGUGCUUUAAAUAAAGGCAACAGUAGUAUACCGCUGUUCAAUAGUCAUAAAUCGAUUUAACUGGAACAAAUCCGGGUCACAAACCAAAACCGAGGGAAACACAUCAACAUAAACGGUAUGGUACAACAGACUUAAAAGAGUGGCGAAGGAUACCAAAGGGACAUUCAAUGUCCUUUAUAUUAAAUGUCGAUAAACGUUCGAAACUCUAUAGUUUGUUCAUAUUUUGUAUUUAUUUAUAUAUAAUUAUUUUUUACUUAAUCGAGAAAUUGUAUUCUAUAUACGGUAUGUACUAUCAACGACAAAAAACUUUUUUUGUUGACGUCAUUGUCAAAUUUACUAUCUGUUACACCAUUUUGUGUGUCUUUGUUAGAUUCAUUUGUAUAUUUGUUUGAA